AAAGUUUAGCGUCAAAAUUUUGAACAAACUCGACACUCGACAGCUGAUUAUCAGCUGCUGAUAUUCAGCUGAGAAACAUGGCGAAGCUAACGCACGUAAUGUGGGGUUUAUCUUCAAACUUUGCAGCAAAUCGAUAUUUCUCUCGAUUAUUGGCCUCACCAUUGUACAACGUUUCUAUGGUUGCAUCAUCUCGAGUUUCAACAGAAGCUACUGUUGAGCCUACAGAUGAUUUGAUUAUCAGUGAUAGUUGCGUGAAGCGGUUAAAGGAAAUAGCUGAUGGCGUAUGUUUGAGAAUUACCGUGGAAGGUGGCGGUUGCUCUGGAUUUCAAUAUAAAUUUAAUUUAGAUUCAAACAUACAGGAAGAUGAUAGAAUAUUUCAGAAAGCUGGCACUAAAGUAGUAAUAGACUCAACGUCAUUAGAAUAUGUGAAGGGAUCAACAAUAGAGUUCCAUACAGAAUUGAUACGAUCUGCCUUUAGAAUAACAAAUAAUCCUUUAGCCGAACAAGGGUGUAGUUGUGGUUCUAGCUUUGCUAUUAAAAUAGAGUAGUCAGUAGAUGAUAAUACAUACAUUGUUACAUGCUAAUAAAUUGAUUUAUAAAUUAA